UGUUUCGUCAGAUUGUAACUUCAACUUCUUUGAAUUUAGAUGGGUGAAAAAAAAGAUGGGUGUUGUUGUGCUUGCUGUACACCCAUGGUCACCGUUGGUGUGUUGAUAUUUCUUGGUGUAGUCAUCGCAUGUUUGGGAGCAGGUUCAAUUCCUUUUUUUGAAGAUCAAUACAAAGAGAAAGUGAAGGAGCAAUUAGUACUAUCAAAAGGUAACGAGGCUUAUAAGAACUGGAAAAAUCCUCCCUCGCCAGUUUACAUGCAGUUUUUCAUAUUCAACUACACAAAUUACGAAGAUGUUGUGAAUAUUAAUUCAAAACCGAACGUUACUCAACAUGGACCAUAUUCAUAUAGGGAGAUUCGUGACAACCAUAUCAUUGAUUAUAACGUGAAUAAUAUCACCUACCUUCAAAAUUAUUCCUACGUGUUUGAUCCAUAUACAUCAUGUGUGGAUUGUUCCGAAGAAGAUUAUUUUUUCACUCCGAACAUACCUAUCUUAACUAUUGGUAAAAAACUUCACGACGCUAAAAUCACAAGUAAUUCAAGUUUAGCGGACAUAGCAGGAAUGGAAUUUCUAAAUUUAUUUUUGGAGAAAACAUUUAGUGAUUCAUGGACACUUUUUAAACAUCUACCAGUGAAAAAAUUACUAUGGGGCUACACUGAUCCCUUGCUAAAUGAUAUUGUCAAAUUGGAGGAGGUUAUUGCCAAACUACCUUUUCACUUCGAUUUACCAAAGAUCAGUGCUUUCGUAGCUCUGCAGCAUAAUGGUACAGAUGGAGCGAUAAACACUGGGAAUUUAACCAUCGACACUGGAAAGCAAGAUAUCAAUGAUGUGCAAAAGAUUACAAGAUGGAAAGGAAAGAGGGAAGUUCCGUGCUGGUUGACGGAUUAUGGAAAUAUGAUAAACGGAAGUGAUGGUUCCCAUACACGUCCAUUUUUAUCUCGCGAUGACACUGUUUACGUUUUUACAACCGAUCUAUACAGGUCGUUAUUCUUUAAAUAUGAGAAAGAUCGGACGGUAAAAGACAUACCUUUGUAUCGCUUCUCCACAACACCAGAAUUGUUCGCUAAUCAUUCAGUUAACCCAGAUAACGGAGCUUUUUGUAACAAAGAGAAGUGUUGGGGUAGUGGCUUGCUUCCUGUUGGCCAGUGUCAAGUCGGAGAUCCUCCAGUCUUUGUGUCAGCGCCGCAUUUUUAUCAAGGCGAUCCGUCUCUGGCUGCUGCUAUUAAUGGACUACAUCCGGAGGAGAGUCUGCAUGCGACACAUUUAGAUAUUGAACCAAUCACUGGCGUGACAAUGGUGGCCCACAAAAGAUUACAAAUCAACAUUCUUGUUCAAAAAACGGAAUACAUUAAGUUAAUGAACAAAUUGCAAUCAGAAGACAAUUUUCUACCAGUACUGUGGAUACAUGAGUCAGCUGAAAUCGACCAAGCGUCCGCUGAUAAGUUCAAAAAAGAAGUUUUACAUCCAAGAUAUAUUCUUAACGUUGUAUCGUAUUGUGUGAUUGGUUUUGGUGCACUGGUAGUUCUCAUAGCACUGAUUGUAGGAGUUGUGCACAAGAGUCGUAAGAAUACAUAUAGUGAGUUGAAUGAUGAUGAUGAUGUGCCGAAGAUUCUAUAAACUCUGAACACCAUUCACUUCUCCAAAAGUAAUCACACCAUUUCGAACGUAAACAAGAAAUUUAAAGUCGAUUUCGUUUUUAUAUAGUGACGUUUUGAUAUUUCGAUGACAUUCUGGUGUACUGCAAGGAAAGACAAGAUUCUAGUUUCAAGCAGCAACUAGACUUCAUAGCUAUAUAUUUUCUAUCUCUCCCUGAAAAAAAACAUUUGAUUUUUACUACACGUCUUUUUAUCAGCAACCACUUUAUAAGAAGCCUUACUAUAAUCUGCAAAACUUUUUUGUGGUUGCAGUUUUAAAACUACACUAGCGCACUGAUUCUGUCGUUGUGUGGUUUCUUUUUGGUUCCAAAAUAAUGUUUUAUAUUCUUUUAUGGGACGGCACAUUUGGAAAGAGUAACUAUUUAGUCAAUGCAUCAGGUAAAAAUUGGACAUCAACACCUCUUAAUGGACACAUCUUUGGUAGUUUUUUUGAUGAUUUUGUUAAAUUUUAGCAAGUUUUCUAUCAUGUUUAAGGGAAUUUGUUAGAUAGUUAUGGUUGUUUUUGAGCUCUUUUAAAAUAUGUUUCUACAAAGCAACUGGUACAUUCAAUCGGGCGAUCAAUCUUGAAAUAUUAAAAGCUCUGACUUCGGAGCUUUUAAUAAUUUCAAAAUUUUAAGCUUAUGCCUUAGAUAUGAAGACACAAAAAUGCUGCUAACAAUUAUACGGAGAAUCAAAUAAAAGGGGUAGGUGGAAAGGGGGGUUAUUCAGGCGACACUUGUCCUAGGUGGGAGAUACACAGAUUGCUGGUAAUUUUUAAAUUUUCCAAGUUGUUGCGUAAAUUGCUAUUUUUAAUCAUUAUCAAAUUGUUGUUAUUUAUACACACGAAAUUUGUUAUCUUUAUAAUUUUUUUACUUAUUAAGAUAUUAGUUGUAUUGCA